GACAUACCGCUAGAUUUUUAUCCACUAUCAAGUCUUUUAUUAUUAUUAUUUUAGGUCAGUGGCUGCUGCCGCUCACGUUCAAACUCUCCGUGAUAUCCUCAUGAAUAAUUAAUAAAUGGGGGAGGACUGAGCGUCCGGGGGUGGACUUUUCCAAGAGGUUGCCGACGUCACUUUUGCUGAGCGCGAGGCGUGCAUGGCUUCUCGCUGUCACCGGAGCGACUGUGCGUGCGUCGAAUAGAAGAAGAAGGAGGCAUGGCUGGGAAGCCAUUCCGGGCCACCCAAAUCUGGAGCAGCAUUAUCUCCAACCUCCACACCCACGUGGAGGUCAAGCGCCGGCGGCACAAUCUCAAAUCGUACCAGGACUGCUUCCUGGGAUCGGAGGCCGUGGAUGUCGUUUUGGCGCACAUCACCUUGAACCGCUUCUUCGGCGACGACGCCGUCCCUCGCAAGAAGGCCGUCCGACUUUGUCAAGCCCUGAUGGACUCGAAGGUCUUUGAGCCGGUGGGCGUUAAAGUGUUUGGGAAGGAAAAGAAGCGGGCCACGUUCGAGGACAGCAGCUGUAGUUUGUAUAGGUUCACGAGCCCGGAGACGGGCUUGUCACCGCUGAACAAUACCAAGUCCAAAUCCACGGGGACCAUAGAGAGUGGCUAUGACUCUCCAGGCAUGAACAGGAACAAGAACAGCUACAGUCUAUUGUGUGAAAGACAAGAGGUACCGACGUACUCCACUCACUCCCCUGUAAGAAUAGGCAAAUCAGUGGAGGACAUGCUGAGAAAUAUCAACCCGAGCUCGGCCGUCACGCCUCAAAUGAUCAACUUGGGCCUCUCGCGGGAGCUGGUGGCCGAGGUGUGGCAUCAGCAGGCCGUGUGCAGGCUUCUGCAGUUGAUUGAACUCCCGCUGCUGGAGAACUUACUGGAGGGGAAGGAUGGCUCGCGGACUUCUCUGCAGGCCGCGGACAGUGACUCAGAUCUGCUGCUGACAUCGAGCUACUUGGACAGAGAAGUGCUUAAGGCCUUCAGUGAGGCACAGGCAGAUGAAUGGAUGUCCGGUGCCAUGGACUGUCUGGAGUUCCUCCCUGACGAUCAAGUGGCGGAGGUGAGCAAAGGUCUGGCUGGCUGCACCAACAACCUGACUGAGUGUAAGAGGCUGCUCUACCAAGUCCUGACUAAGCAUUACACGCAAGCUGACCAGCCGCCUCUUCUCUGCAACCACGUGUUCGACAUCCACUCGGGCAUCUCGGAGCUUCUCGUAAACGGCAAGCUGGAGCAAGCUCUGGAGGCACUGCAGCUCAGUGUGAAACUGCAGGACUCUCGCUGCCGGGAGGAGCUGCGCCGGCUGCUCAGGUUCAUGGCCAUCGCCGCGACCACGCAGGACAUCAAACUGCACAAAGAGAUCGAGAACCGAAUGGCAGUGAAGAGGUCGUUCUCCAGCGCCAUCGUGUACAGCAAAAGACUCUCCAAAGGCAAAGUGGACCUGAUGGUUCUGUUUAUGAUGGACAACCACUGGGAUCUGUUCAAAAUUCCAGUUUCACUACACAAGAUGGUCAGCGACAGGUUAAAGAAUAUCGUGAAAGGGAAGGACCCGGAUAUAAUAACAGGGUCAACGUAUUGCGCAAGACAGAACGCAAAGACAUAUUCGGAAGAUGCAGAAACGCACACAAAAGAGGAAUUGUGGUCGUUACUGCGGACAAUCCACGAGAACCCAAACCUGCCCGGCAAAGAAAAACGACGUCUGCUAGCACAAUUUUACAAAGGCCACCCGGACAUUUUUGUGCAGUAUUUUAGCGAUAAAUUAUCAAGCAUGAACAUGUUGCUACAGUAAUGGUGAAAUGUAAAGAAAUGGAGUGAACAUAUGUGGCCUUUGUGACAGUGCAUUUGAAAUGGAUUAAGCUGUGAAUUUUUUAUUUUUUGGGGGGGGGCAGGACAGGGUUAAAGCCCCAAAAGUGGUACAAUUUAUAGUUGAACCCAAAUGAAAAACCACCAAAAUAUGUUUAAAAAGUCAAAAGAAAGCUUGGAAUUCAAACCAUAACUGUGAUUGUGGCAUGUCGGGAGAGACUUCAGUAAGUAAGCGUCUGAAGCACGGGUGUCAAACUCAAGGCCCGGGGGCCAGAUCUGGCCCGCCGCAUGUUUCUAUGUGGCCCCGCGAAGGGCAAAUUGAGUAUCAACUUCCAUGAUUUUUGUUCAAAUCUGUAAAUUUCAAACAGUCGUGUCAUAAAUGACAAUGUAGAGAUAUUGCAGGCUAUAUUGUGGCCCCGAACAUCAACAACAGUUCAAAAUUACCCAUUACCCUUGAUUUAUGAUUACAAAAACUAGUUCAUAAAUUUCACCUGUAAAUAUGAGGCGGUUAAAAGUUUUGCAUGGUUUCACAGUCAUAAUGGCCCUCCGAGGGAAACCAGAACUAAAACAUGGCCCUUAUCUAAAGUGUUUCACUUUUUCUUUCACUUUGUAAUUAUGUGAGGAGUUAAAAUGUUACUGGAAAACUUUAAGUACCUAAAGAGUUACAUUUUGUUGCAUUAUUAUGGAUCCCGUGACAAAUUAGUUUGGCCUUGGAUGAUUUCCAAUAGGAAACCUGAACAAAUUACUACUAGUACAGAUUUUUGCCCUGCGAUCGGCCGUCAACCAGUUCAGGGUGUACGUCGCCUCCUGCCCGUUGACACCUGGGAUAGGCUCCAACACUGCCCGUGACCCUCGUGAGGAUAAGCGCCAAAGAAGAUGGAUGGAUAGUACAGAUUAUGUUGAACUUUUGAGGUUGAAGGCAGCAAAAAGAGAAGCAGUUUGCUGAGGAUCAAGCUCGGGUUCGACUCAAGUAUCCUUUUGUUGACAUUGCUUUGUAUACUGUGGACAAAGUUGGACGCUUCGGUCCAAAAUGUUUUACGAUUCCGACACAACUACCCAAAUCCACGGUCAGUCAAUCGAUCAAGAGCUGUGUGCCGAUAGUUUACUUUCCCUAUUUAUUUUUAUGAUCGUUGCUCUUUCGGGACAAAGCCAAGUAUGGAUGUUAGUUCUUUAUGUAAUUAAUUAAAAAAGUUACAAAUAAACAAUGUGAUGCAGACCAGCUGUGUCUGGAAAAAGGCUUCCGACGCUAAUUUGAAAGUCUGAUGUUGCGGUGUCGUAAACAGUCAGAGAUCCAUGCAAAUCAUCCCCUGUGGGUGUCUGAGGUGCAAAACCCUUGCUUCAGUUAAGUCAUCAAGGUCGGGUUUCACACGGGGCUCCAAAGUAAGAUCUGUUUACAAAGGAAGUGGCUGCUUAGCUAGGUGAUAAUAGCUUUCUCAUUUCACAUACGAACCAUAUUGAUCGGAUGCGGUGUAAACACGUCUACUAUAACUGUGUUUAUUGAAAUUUCCAGACAAUUAGCAGAAUUUCUCACGCAUAAUGCACAUUUCUCCCCCCUAAAAUUGUCAAAAGUCAAUACUUAAGUUUCAUACUUUACCUUACAUCCCCGCUCUUAAAGUUGUACACUCAUAAUUACAAAUGUUACAGUACUCUCGCAGCCCAUCAAUGUGUUUUAUAAUGACGGCGUCCACGCCCGCAGCUUUAGUUAGCAACACAGUCUGGGCAACGUAGAGCAAAGACGAGCUAGACAUGCUGCUUAUGUUUACUUUCGAUAUUAAUGGAGAACGUUAAAAAAAGAAAUGCUGUUGUUUUAAGAUGCAAUGAAUGUCGGAGUAUGUGAAUAAUCAAAGAAAAAGUGGUUAAACUGGACGACUUUUUCUCUUUUCGAGUGGGAAAGGUCUGGUCUGAAGCCAAAGUACAAAGUGCGGGAUGAGAUGGUAUGGAAUUUUAAAAUUCCACCUUGGGACAGCCUGAUCCAGGAUGUAAGCACAGACAAUACAAUACACAAAAAGCUAAUUCUGUAUUUUAAAUAGAUGAGGCAACAUAACGCUUUGGGAGCAUCAUCCCUCCCAUCAGUAGCUCACAAUCGGCUGGCUGCUUGAAAAAUAGAUCUUGGGGUAAAAAAAAAAAAAAAUAAAAAAAAGUCUGGGCACCUCUAAUCUAGUCGUUCUGAAAACGCUGUAUACUUUGCUAGCCACAUCGAGAUGUUUCAUUCUAAUAUGGCACCGCCACCUAAAGGUUAUGACAAAAGUGUAUCCUACACUUUCAUUCCAAUGACAGGGGUACACAUGCCUGAAUACAGUGAAGAAAAUAAGUAUUUGAACACCCGUUUGAACAUCUUGCAAGUUCUCCCACUGAGGAAUCAUGGAGGGGUCUGAAAUUUUCAUCAUGAACAACUACAGAAAAUGUUUGACCUCUGUAACUGCAAACAAAGGCUACUGUACCAAAUAUUAACAUUGGUUUUCUCAGGUUUUCAAAUACUUAUUU